CUGCUGGAGGUCUGUUGUGGGCUGGAACGGGUCACCUGUAGGGUCUGGGGGUCUCCUGUUGGGUCUGGGACAGGUCUCCUGUUGGAUCUGGGGCAGGUCUCUUGUUGGGUCAGGGGCAGGUCUUUUGUUGGGUCAGGGGCAGGUCUCCUGUUGUUCUGGGGCAGGUCUCUUGUUGGGUCAGGGGCAGGUCUCUUGUUGGAUCUGGGGCAGGUCUCCUGUUGGAUCUGGGGCAGGUCUCUUGUUGGAUCUGGGGCAGGUCUCUUGUUGGAUCUGGGGCAGGUCUCCUGUUGGGUCUGGGGCGGGUCUCCUGUUGGAUCUGGGGCAGGUCUCUUGUUGGAUCUGGGGCAGGUCUCUUGUUGGGUCAGGGGCAGGUCUCUUGUUGGAUCUGGGGCAGGUCUCCUGUUGGAUCUGGGGCAGGUCUCUUGUUGGAUCUGGGGCAGGUCUCUUGUUGGAUCUGGGGCAGGUCUCCUGUUGGGUCUGGGGCAGGUCUCCUCUUGGAUCUGGGGCAGGUCUCUUGUUGGAUCUGGGGCAGGUCUCUUGUUGGAUCUGGGGCAGGUCUCCUGUUGGGUCUGGGGCGGGUCUCCUGUUGGGUCUGGAUUUAUACCUCCUGUGAUUUCAAAGCAAGUGAAUUUUUUGUUUUAUUUGUGCCCUAACGUUGGGCGGCAGUCAGAAUCCCGGUUACUUGACAUUCCACUUGCCAGAGAGAGAGAGAAGUUUUUGGGAAUUCUAUGGAGCUGUAAAGAGGAAAAUUGAAAGUGGAGCAACCUCUCAGCAACAGCAGAACCACAACAGAAUUAUAUGGGCUGAGAAGAUUUUGCUCAAGGACUGACAGCUAAUUGGACGACAGAAACCAUGGCUUUGGUCCUCCACAUUUUGGCUUGCAUUUUUGGCACUGGUGCUUGGGUGGCUAUCAAUGGCCUUUGGGUGGAACUCCCUCUAAUUGUGAACGAUCUUCCUGAAGGAUGGUACUUACCCUCAUACUUGACCAUCAUCAUUCAGCUGGCCAACAUUGGACCUCUUGUUGUUACACUCAUGCACAAGUUCAAACCAGGCUGGCUGAAUGAAAUUGCCACCAUAUACACCAUCAUUGUUUUGGGUAUUGUUGCCUCCUUCCUCUUGGCAUUUUUCUGGAGAGAGACUACUUGGGUCGGAGGAGAACUUCACAGCACCGGGUUCCUGGUGUUGACCUUCUUUUUGUCCCUAGUGGAUUGUACCUCCUCGGUGACUUUCCUUCCCUUCAUGAUGAAGCUGGAGACACAAUACUUGACCUCCUAUUUUGUGGGUGAAGGCCUAAGCGGCUUCAUUCCAGGCUUGCUCUCUCUCAUUCAGGGCGUUGGCAUAGUGACGUGUGUCAAUGUAACUCAGUCAGACAAUGGAACCCAAACCAUAAGCAGAAGUUCCUAUGGGGCAGAUCAGCUGGAGACCCAGUACCUACCUGCUAACUACUCUGUGCAAGUCUUCCUUUUCCUCCUGUGCGCUAUGAUGGCCUUCUGCCUGGUUGCCUUCUACUCACUAACGAGGAUCAGCUCCAAGCAGCUCCUCCUUCAGAGCUCGACCACUCUCUUCCAUUCCAGUUCCACCAUUAACAGCACAAAUCCUCCUGGAACCCCCCCAGGAACCCUGGAAUUAACUGAAUCUAAACAAGGAGACACCAGCGCCCCAACCAUGGACAAUCCUCUCAGAACAGAAUGUAACACUCAAGAGAUUUCUUAUGGCCAAUAUGCUCUAAUUUAUUUCCUCACCGCAUGGGUCAAUGCCCUCACCAAUGGGGUCCUUCCUUCUGUACAAACCUACUCUUGCAUGCCCUAUGGCAACCUGGCCUACCAUCUGUCAGCAGCUGUUGGCUCCAUGGCAAACCCUCUGGCCUGUCUCAUCGCCAUGUUCUUACCGUGCCAGUCUCUUCUUGCUCUGGUGCUGCUGUCAGUCAUUGGGACUGGAUUUGGGACGUACAAUAUGGUGUCAGCUGUUCAGAGCCCGUGUCCCGUACUACAGGGAUCCGACUGGGGCGUCGCCCUAAUUGUGAUGUCAUGGCUCCUGUUUAUUGGAUCGCUCAGUUACGUUAAAGUGAUGAUUGGACUCAUCCUGCGCAGCCAGAGUCACAGCGCCCUCCUGUGGUGCGGGGCGGUGGUACAGCUGGGAUCCAUGAUUGGGGCCCUCGUUAUGUUUCCAUUGGUCAACAUUUAUGGCUUCUUCCAGUCAGCUGAUCUGUGUAACUCUCAGUGUAUUGGCUGAUCCUGGCUGUGGCCCUGACCUUGUUGCCCCAAGGGCCCAAUGUCCUUCCCAAUGACUUUCUCAGGCCCCCAGACUCAUACAGUGACAUAUCUAGAAGCCCCCCCCCGGAGCCCUGAGAGGUAACCCUACCCCCGAUGCCCCAGCUGCACUGGGCUCAUUAAUGGGCCGAUGAGCAGACAUUUCUGCCCCCAGAUGCAAUGAUCCCACAGGCCUCUAGGGAGACGGGGCGACUGGUGGUCCCACCGCCAAGGGCAGCUGGAAGGUGUCUCUGCACCUUGUAGCCAAUCAGAAUCCAGAGCAUCAGCUGCAUCCUCACCAUCUCCAUUACUGCCAGGGCCGGGACCCGGGGGGGAAAUAAUUACCCUCGUCUCACACGACUGCCCCCCAGGCACAAAGGCUUACAGACGGGGCAGGAAUUCAGGGAGAUUUGCCUUGUUUCAUAUACUGUAUAAUAUCUCAUCCCCAGCCUACAGCUGUUAUAGAACUACAAGUCCCAGCAUCCCUUGCAAGCCAACGGCCGUCUCACAUCGCUAGAAUUACCAUGUCCGGCUCCUGAAUCCCUGCCCCCCCCCCCGGGCCCCUAUUAGCCAGACGGAGCCCCCAUUCCAGUUCCAGUUUUGCCAGUUAGAAAUGUGUGUAAUCCAAAUGCCAGAUUUUACCUGUUCUCUUGCCGCCAUGGUGCCAAUAAAAUAACUAUUUAUCUAA